GUUUUCAGUGUCAAUCCUAAAUCCAAGCUCCAAGCAUCGGAUUUUAGCUAAAAUCAGUCAAGUUUUGAAAGAAAAUGAAGCUGUUUUUGAUCAUUUGUGCAACUUUUGCAACGAUUUUAGCUUCUCCGGAAGAAGAAAAGAAAAUCUUCUGCACUCAUGGAAAGUGGCACUUUUACUUCAAGGGGAACAGUCAGUUUGGAAUAGAUCAGGUUGAUCCAUUCCUCUGCACUCACUUUGUCUAUAGUUUCUUCGGGAUCGAUCCUAAUGGAACCAUUGCAAUUCGGGAUAAAUACUUAGAUUUGGAAGAGAAUUACGGUCUCGGGAAUUUAAGGAAAGUUAGCAAGCUAAAGGAGAUCAAUCCUAAGCUCAAAACUUUGGCUUCUGUUGGGGGUUGGACUGAAGGUUCGGCAGCUUUUUCUGAGGUCGCGAAUGAUCCUGAGAAACGUAAGAAGUUUGCCAGAGAUGCUCUGGAUUUCCUGCAAAAGUACAAUUUCGAUGGUCUAGACCUCGACUGGGAGUAUCCGAGACAGCGAGAAGGAAGCAGAGAAACAGAUAGAGAAGCCUUCACCCUUCUGGUGAAGGAUCUACACAGACUUCUGCAUCCCAGAGGCCUUUUGCUAACAGCUUUAGUGUCUUCUGUAGAACCUAUCGCUGAGGGAUCCUACGAAAUUCCCCAAAUCACCAGAUACUUGGACUUUAUCAAACUAAAAACUCUCGAUAUGCACGGAUCUUGGGACGCAAUAAUCGGAUUUAACUCUCCACUGUACGAGAGAUCAGGAGAAGAAGCCGUAGAUAAGUAUCUCAAUGCAAAUGCCGCAGUUUCCUUCUGGCUGAAGAGUGGAGUCCCUUCGGAGAAGCUAAUCCUGGGAGUUCCACUCUUCGGGAGGGGUUUCAAGAUGGUCAGCGAGGAUCAGAAUACAGCAGGAUCUCCCCAUGCUGGUCCCUCAGAUCCCGGACCACACACAACCGAUCCUGGAAUUAUGGGCUACAAUGAGCUCUGCGAGAAGAGACUCACGGAAAAUUGGAAGGAUCACUGGAGCGAAGAGCAGCUGGUACCUUACACAACCUGGAAGGAUCAGUGGAUCGGCUAUGACAACGAGGAGAGUGUGAGUAUUAAGGCCAGGUAUGUCCGGAAGUACAAACUCGGAGGGAUUAUGGCUGGGGCUAUUGAGAUGGAUGAUUUCAAAGGAUUCUGCGGAAGAGGAACCUUCCCACUGCUCAAGGAAAUCAACAGAACUCUUAAAGAAAAGAGUCCCAAUGAGGCUCAAAUGCUCAAGAAAUUCUGUAUGAAUGCAAUUACUUGGAACUAAUAGAAUAAAAAGAGGCAUAAAAGAAAAUUUCAUUAA